AUGCAUUAUCAAUUUCCAAUGAUGGUUCCGCCAUUCGAGAUGUUUCCUGGUCAAUACCAGGAGAUGAUGAUGGACCAUAUGAUGAAUGGAGGGCGAUUCCGUUCCCCAUAUUACGGAUUUAGUGACUUCGGAAGCCCAAGAUAUGAAAACUCAUUUCAACCAUCUGCUACAUCGCCAGGUUCGAAUAGCGAGAGAACUGACUUCCAUCCACAAAGGGACGAACAGACAACAAGUUCUGCCGGAAAUAGCUACAACUCGAUGAGUAUGUUCGGCUCAAUAAUCCGACCAGAACUGCUCACUGACGUAAGAGGAUUCAAUGAUUGGAUGAAAAAAUUCGCCUUUUAUCUCGAGAAGAUAAAUUUAAAGGAUAUCAUUCCGAACUCGUUCGACGAGACCAAAAGGCAACCAACCAGGGCUGAAUCACGUCACAUUGAACACGUAUUUAAUGAGUGUGUGAGCCCAAAAUACUAUCCGCCCUGGAUAUUAAAGGCUAUGGAUGAAGGAUUGUCGAUGCCGGAAAUCAUUACAACCGCGUUCGAAAAAAUUACCACUUGCGGGAACAACUUUGAUGCGAUAAAAAGGCUCGUGAGUUUCAGAUACGAUGGAAAAUACGAUCCCAGGGUAUACAUUAACAAGGUAAAGAAAGCUAUCGCCGAGUGGGAAGAAGAUGGCAACAUCCUUGUUCCAAUGACCAAGGCACAAUUACUAAGCCAAGGCCUUAGAGGUGACUUCAUGUCAAUCCACUCACAAUUAUGUGUUGGGAAGAUUGAACCCAACAUUAAUGCUGUUGACAAGGAAAUCUUGUCAAUAUACAAUUCAAAAAUGGAACAUAAAAUAACAGAGGAAAAAACUGUCAAAUGUUCCAUCUGCCAUAGAAAUGAUCAUGUGGCCAAGUACUGUGAUAAAAGACCUGAACAAAUUCGAGAUGAAUUCAGAUCAGGCAGGAACCAGUACAGCAACAAAAAAAAGGAGAUAGUGUCCAAGCAGACUCCAACCAGAAAAUCUUGGACAAAAAAUAAGGCUAAAGCUAAUUAUGCCAAUGAAGCAGAUCGCGAGCCAGAGAUCGAAUCAGAUGCAGACCACACUGAUAACGAACUUGGCCUGAACCAAUACUAUACUGAAACUAGAAGAAAAAAGGAAAACAAGGAAAGAUUCCUGUUAAUCGACUCUGGCGCAUCUACAAAUAUACUGCGCAACGAAGAUCAUCUGCAUGAUAAGACAUCAGAUGCAGGGUGUUUACUAGAAGAUGCUCAAGGCAAACAGAUGAAAGUGCUAUCAAAAGGAACUUUACAAAUACAGUUUCUGAAUAGCAGACCUUUCAAAGUCGACGCCCUUUCAUCCCCCGCUGCCAAAACCAAUUUAUUAAGUGUUGGUGAGUUAUUGAGAGAGGGAUUUUAUGUUAACUACAGGAACAAAACUAUUGAAAAUAAGCAUGGAGUUCCGGUGGCUAAAAUGAUCCAGAAAGGACCAUACUUCUGGCUAUCAUCAAAAUACUUGAUCAAACCUCAGAAGACAAUUAUACAAAAGGCCAACAACGUCAAUAAGGUCAAAUAUUCCGUGGACUACCUACAUAGACUGUUUGGACAUGUCAAUGUCAAAAGCAUUAAGGACAGUAUUAAAGACAGAUCCAUAGCUGGUAUCGAGGUCGAUGAAGUCGACUGGACCAAUCUUGAAAAGUUCCAGUGCGAGAUAUGUAUGAUGGGGAAAUCUACCAAAGGUAGACAUUUAAUGAAUUCUCGAUUGAAAUAUCAGAAGGAGUACAAACCAUUCCAAUUCAUUCAUACAGAUCUUUUCGGUCCGGUACAAGUUACGGCUGUUAAUGUACCAAGAUAUCUUCUCGCAUUCACUGACGAAUGCACUAGAUACAAAUGGGUUUUUCCUCUAAGAGAGAAAGAUUCACAAAGUAUUACUGCACGGUUCUCCGAGCUAGUACGGUUUAUUGAGACACAACUGGAAACAAAGGUUCUAUGCUUCCAGAUGGACCAAGGAACUGAGUUCACCAACAAAACAAUCACACAAUUCUUCCACGACAAUGGAAUUAUUACUCGUUUCACUACAGUAGGUGACUCAAGAAGUAAUGGGGUGGCCGAAAGGACUAAUCUGCUCUUACUUAACGACUGCCGAACAUUACUCACUUCCGUCAAACUCCCUGAUGAUUUAUGGUUUUAUGCUGUUAAAUUCGCCACUUUAAUGCGAAAUUCAAUAGUAACCACAAGCACAAAGGAGUCACCAAGAGCAAAGGCAGGUCUGACAGGACUUGAUAUUAGCACAGUCCUACCAUUCGGACAACCAGUAAUCGUGAACAAACCCAAAACAUCCAGCAAGCUACACAGCAGAGGUUGGAAAGGAUACGCUCUGUGCCCAUCAUCAGUAUCGUUCGGAUACCUCAUCUACGUGCCCGGGGCACCUCAAGAUAUAAUUGACACCCGCCACUACCGAGCUAUCCGUGAUGGAGUGGAACCUAAAGAGACAAUUAUAGACUCUGUUAUCGAUCACGCUGAAGAGCGAGAUGUCAACGACAGAUCUGACCAUGACAUCCCUAAAGAACCAUCUCCAUUACCUAACUUGAAUUUCGAUCCUAAGAUGAUCCCCUCACAGAAUGAAAACUUGGGUGGUACCAACAUACAGGUUGUUACCAAACCUAAACCCACUUUUAACAUGGACCCUUCACUUUUGAAAAUAAUCCAAUCGGGUGGUACCACAGGAGCAAGAGCCGGUUCCACAUUACCACAAGGUGAUGAGUCCGAGCAAAAUAAUAUCUCCGAUCCAUUACCAACCGCGUCGGAUCAGCCCGAUCCGACAGAGAAAUCUCCUUCGGGUGGUACUAGUGCGCUUAAACUACCACCUUUGAUGAUCACCAAGAAAAACGUAACAAACGUGCCGAUUUUGAAACCACCAGUCAAACAGAUGGUCAGUACUCCUCCCAAGCUAAUAACAAUAGCCACGGACGACGAGAACUCCGUUGAGGAACAGAAUCAAUCUGAACCUACAUCUGAGUCUGAGUGGUAUCCAUCUGACCCCGUUUCGGGGGGCACCAAUAAUUCUGAAGAAGACGAGUCAAGUUCUUCAGAAGAAUCCUCUCCUGCAGACGCACCUGCGAAUAACAUGAAGAGGAAAAGAAACGACUCUGGGGAAAUCGAAGACCAGGAUGGAACCACGAGUCAGGGAUCGCCGCCGUCCUCAAAGCAGCGCAUCCAUUAUGCCCAAGUAACCAAGAAUCACAGCGAAACUCAUGCGGAAAGACCAUCCCUGAGUUACAAAGAAGCUAUCACCUACAACAGCAAUGCUGAAGAAAAGGAGAAGUUUAUCGCUGCGUAUGAAAAGGAAAUUGGGCAGUUGUUGAAAAUGCAAACCUGGGACAGCGACAGAGUUGUGAAUGCACGGGAUAUCCGAAAAAACAGGAUAAUCAAUUCCAUGUUUAUAUUCACUACAAAGCGCGAUGGCACAAAAAAGUGUCGUUUCGUCGCUAGAGGUGACCAGCAAAAGCCGGAAACAUAUCUAGAGAACUUACAGGCAAACACCGUGCACAAUUACGCACUAAUGACCUGUAUGGCCAUAGCCUUGGACAACGAUAUGUUCAUCACGCAGCUGGACAUCUCAUCAGCAUAUUUAUAUGCUGAGCUAAAAGAGGAACUCUAUAUAAGGGCACCUCCCCAUCUACAGUUGAAAGACAAAGUACUGCGAUUAAACAAAUCACUGUACGGACUAAAACAAAGCGGGGCAAACUGGUACCAAAUCUUAGGGUGA